AUGCCAUUAUUUUUUUCAACUUUUCGCAACACACUCACAAAUAUUCCUACAUCCAUUCUUCCUUAUGUAUAUCUUUCUCAAAUUUCUUAUGAGAAAGCACUUAAUCUUCAAAAACUCUUGGUUCGACAUCGAUUUGAAAAUAAAAAUUCUUCAGAUUUACUUUUACUAUUACAACAUCCUCCGACCUAUACAACUGGAAGAAGAAAUAUUGGAAAAACUAUGGAUGAAGAGGCACAUUUAAGGAAACUGGGCGCUCAAUAUUUUGAAACAUUACGCGGUGGUCAAACAACAUUCCAUGGGCCUGGUCAAUUAGUUGGCUAUCCGAUUUUAAAUUUAAAAAAUUUUAAGCUUUCUGUACGAUGUUAUGUUGCAGCAAUUGAACAUGUAAUCAUUAAUACAUGUGCUGCGUAUGGUAUUGUUGCAUCUACUACUAAAGAUACAGGUGUUUGGGUUGGGAAUGAUAAAAUUUGUGCAAUUGGUAUUCAAGUACAGCGUUUUAUCACCUCUCACGGAUUUGCACUAAACUGUAACACUGAUCUUAGUUGGUUUGAUCACAUUAUUCCUUGUGGACUUAAAGAUAAAAAAAUGACUUCUCUAACAAAUGAAUAUGCUAAAGAAGAAAAAACAAUUAUUACUGUUGAACAAGUUAUCCCUACUUUGUGUCAACAUUUUGGAUAUGUUUUUGGACGAUCUUUAAAGCCAUUAAAAGAUAUCAACAAUGAAUCUGAUAGA